CCAACACACAGUAGCACUUGACAUAUCGUGCAAAGAAAAAAUACCCAGUAAAUAGCUCGUAAUGUUUUCAAGUGUAAGGAAAAAAUUUCAAAAAACAUUUAAAUAAUGAAUGCAGAGGUUAGCGUUAGCCCGGAAACCCAGAGUACUAAUCUCUAUUCAAUUUUCCGGACGUCUUUCCUGAUAUUACUUUGGGCUUUCGCCGCUGUCAUUUCAUUUGUUACCAGAGAUGUGGAGUCGAAGGAGCGGAUGGUCGUAUCGAUGCCAAACACAACCAUAUUUAAGAAUUUACAUCUACCGAAUGAAAUCGUCACCAUUGAUCUUAGAGGACCCAUAAACAAGCAUUAUACAGACAAAAUGCUUGUUAAGAAUUCACCCUCCAUUGAUGUUCGAGUUGAGUGGCGUGAUUCUACACUUGAAAGGAUCUUUGUCCGCUCAGAAGUAUGGAAGGUGUAUGUGUCGUUAAAUGAAGCCGAGUUCUCGGAAGUGACAACGAUAUUAAAGGUCUCUCCAUUGGACGUACCAUAUGGAUAUCCCGAAAGCGAACCAAUUUCCGCUGGAGAGUGGGGAAGUGCAAGAUCGGUGAUUUCGUUUGAGAGCAAGUGUGACUUUCCUGUGGGAUUCCAUGUAGUCUUACAUAAUUCACCAGAGCAACCCAAAAUGGGUUUGGUAUAUACCUUUAUACUGAUCGUCUCCCUGUAUGCAUUGGUCAUCUCGGAGUAUAUAGAUCGACGCUUUGGCGCUGUGCUCAUUUCCAUUGGUGCAUUGACUCUGAUGUCCUGUAUUGGACUUAGGCCCACAUUUGAGAUGGUCGCCAGUUGGAUAGAUUUUAGCACCUUGAUGGUACUACUGGGCAGUAUGAUAAUGGUGGCUUUGAUGUGGGAAACGGGAUUCUUUGACUUUGUUACACUGGUGGCCUACAGGACGUCGAAGGGGCAUGCAUGGCUAUUGAUCUACCUAUUGUCCAUGAUCGCAGCCAUUUUUGCCGCAAUUCUGGAUAAUGCCACUGUCGUCAUGCUACUGGCACCUGCAUGCAUAAGGGUAUGUGAGGCCGCAUUUCUUAAUACCAAAAUCGUACUCCUCAUUUUGGCCAUAUAUGCGCAUAUUGGAGGAUCUAUGACACCGGUGGGAUCGGCAGCAAACAUACUCAUAAUCAAUCAUAUGUCAAGGGAACAAUCAAUCAAUUUUACAUUAUUCACGGCACACAUGCUGCCGGCAUCGGUGAUGUGUAUGUUAUCGGUCUAUAUCCUGCUCUUCUUUUCGGUGGGUAAUCGAAUUUAUAAGGUGCAAGAAAACCAGCUUGAAAGGAGGCGCGCCAUGAAGCAGCCCACGGAGGAGAUCCUGCAUCGCAUGGAUGAGCUGAGAAAGCGGAGGACCUGGCUUAGACCGGUUCCCGAUUACUAUGAAAUCCUGGCCACCGUGGAGGCAAAUCAACCGCCCAUGAACUUUACCCUGCUGGCACAUAUCGGCGUCGCCUUUCUUUUCAUCUUCGCUGGCUUCGUCCUGAGAUCAAUGCCCAUUACAAUUCCGAAUGCAUCUUUCGCUUGGAUCACAAUGCUGGGCGCUCUUCUGCUCCUCAUCCUGGCGAACCAGCCCAAUAUCUCUCCAGUUCUGGCUAGAAUCGAAUGGGGCAUUUUGCUUUAUGUGAGCAGCUUGUUCAUUAUAACCGAGGUUAUUGUUCACCUGGGCUUCAUCACCUGGCUGGGUCAGUUGACAACGACAGCAGUAUUGGGUGUAGAAUAUAGUCAACAGACUAUAUCUUCAAUGCUGAUCAUUUUAUGGACGUCAGCAGUCUUCUCCGCCUUUCUGGACAACACGGCGGUAGCGGCCGUUCUUUUAAAAGUUUGCAUUGAGGUUGAACACAGCGAGGAUACAAUUUUGCCAUUAAUGUCACUCGUCUGGGCCCUUUUGCUUGGAUCAAACUACGGUGGCAUGGGCACAUUGCUGGGAUCCCUCUCCAAUGAAUUUGUGGCGGUGGUCGCCAAAGAGCAUGGCUAUGACAUAACCUUUAUGGAUUUCUUCUACAUGGGAUUUCCCGUUAUGAUCUUUACCUUGAUGGUAUGCUCACUCUACCUGCUCGCUGCUGAGGUGGUCUUCGAUCUUAAAUUGGCCUGGAGCUAAGCAUCUAGGGGAUUUAUAAAAUAUUUUUUCAUUUUUAUUUGUACUAUAUUAUAAUCACUUAGUAAUA